ACCCAAGGAAAUGACAGAGGAGGAGCUGAAGAGCGAUUAAGGAAUUUGAGAUUGGGCAACGAUAUGGAAACUGAAAGUGAAGAAUCAGAAGAAGAAUUGUCUGACUUUGGAAGUGAUGACGAGCAAGAAGAAAGCGAAGAAGAAGAUGAACAAAAGCAUUCGUCUACGGGCGACGACUUGCUUGCACCAACAGGAAACAGAGAUUUCAAGGCAUACAGAGACUCCAGUAAAGCAAAUGAGAAAACUAAAAAGCCAAAAGCGAAGGGAGAUCUGGAUGAAAAUGCUAUCAAGGAGAAGGUGACUCGAGCUUUGAAGAGCCAAGAAAACAGAGUGACUGGUAAACAUCAUUCACGACGAAACCUCACCAAAGGAAAGGAGAAGAGAAAGAACAAAGAUGUUAUCAAGCACGCAAGAAACGGCAACGGCAGUAUAUUUGAUUAAAUACUUUGGUUUAUUUUUUCAGA